AUGGGUUCACAGCAGAUUGAUACGGAUCGACGUAUGUUUCGACGACCCGUGAUGCCCAUUAACCGUUCCAUCAACAGAGGUCGAAUAAGCAAUAUCAGUGAACGCUCUGAAAAGAACGAGUCCAAUAAGUCCUGGAAUAACAAUGAUACCUCGGAAAUUAUGGAAACUGAGAAAAUAACAAAUCCUGCGACUUCCGCACCGGAGAGACAAAGCUACACAACUGUUCCUGAAUCUUUAAGAAAUGUUGUAGAAGCUGAAAAAUCGCCUGAAAAUGUCGAUCAGUCGGUAGAAAACAUAUACGAAAUGGCAACACAGAAGACGUUCGAGCCUCCAAUGCACAAAAAGAAAGAAGCGGCACUGAGUGGAGUGUCUAAAAAAGUCGGGGAGCCUGAAAAAUCUUUAAAUAAUGUGGACGCUUCAGAUGAUGUUCACGAGAUGGAAACGCAAAAUGUAUUAGAGACUCCCUUGCGAAAUAAAAAAGAUCUAACUGUAAGGGGACCAUCAAGAAUACUCGAGGAACCGGAAAAACCUUCAAAUAAUGUGGCCCCGUUGGACGAUAUUUUCGAGAUGGAGACGCAGAAUGUACUCGUGCCUCUAUCGCGAAAUAAAAAUGAACUAACAGUGAGUGAAUCAUCUAAAAAUGUGGCACAGUUUGAAAAAUUUUCAAAAAAUGUGGACCUACCGAACGACAUUUACGAGAUGGAAACGCAGAAUGUACUAAAGCCUCCAUUGCGAAAUGAAAACGACUCAACAGAGAUUGGAUCGUCUAAAAAAUCCGCAGAGUCUGAAAAAUCUCCAAAAAAUGUGGACCUUUCGGGUGAUAUUUACGAGAUGGAAACGCAGAAUGUACUAAAGCCUCCAUUGCCAAAUGAAAACAAUUCAACAGUGAAUAGAUCAUCAAAAAGAGUCAAAGGACCUGAAAAGUUGUCGGAGAAUGUCGAUUCAAAUGAUAUUUACAACAUGGAAACACAAGACUUGCUCAAUCGUGAACCACUUCCUGUUCCUAAGAGACCAAAGUUGGAAAGAUUUGCAGAAAUAUUUAUGGAUGACGCGGAUGACAGCGUUUACGAAGCAGAAACUCAAAUUCUUAUAGAGCCCGAAGAAUAUUUUAGAGAUCACGAUGUUACCAACAAAAGCGCGCCGAAAGAGACGUCAGUAAUCGCGGAAACGGACGAUGAGUCGAAAACUGAUGACGAAUCUGGUUAUCUGUUAGGAAAACAUGAUGACAACGACAGUGACGGAAGUGUCACUGACGGUGAAAACCAGUUUGCGGGUCUAUCUUCCAACAUGACAACCAAAGCAAAAGCUGUCCCAAAAACUUCCACACUGUCGUCGGAAGCAAUGAAUAAACCAAAAUCAGGAAUCAACGCACAGAGUGAAAAUAUUUCUCCAGCUUCUACAACUGUUGGUGGAGUCAACGACGAUGAGGACCUCGAUCUCGUGCCGACUCAGGUUAUGACGACUUCCACUCCAAUGGUCAAUCGGUCGAAGAUUCCUGAGGAAAGAAUCGACGAGAGUCAAGUCGUGUUGGACGACAUCGAUAUUCAUGACGUUUUAACACAAGUUGGACCUACAAGCCAUAGGAAUUCACCCGACUCCAGCACCUCAAUUCCUGAUACGAAGGAAGAAAAAGAGAAAAAUAAAGCCAACAAAAUGCCAGAACUCGAUGACACGCUGGAUAAAAACAUGGGCAAUAUCUUUGGACAGGAUACAACGAGUGACGGUGAACCGAUGGAAGAAGCAACUCAACUCAUGACUCAAAAUCUCGUGGAUAUUCUCAGACCCACGCAGAUUACCGCUCGUGACCCAACGCCGUCACCUUCUGAUUCAAAAAAUCGUUUUGAUACAACAGACCAAGGGAGUCCUGGAGACGACAAAACUAAUGAUACGGACGAAAUUCUUGGUUUCGUCGCCGGUCGCGCCAUCGCGAAUCAGAGCAAAACUCACCUUGGAAAGUCGCCACCUUCUCAUUCGAAAAAUCGUUUUGAUCCAGCAGACCAAGGUAGUCCUGGAGACAAAACUAAUGAUACAGGCGAAAUUCUCGGUUUUGUCGACGGUCGCGCGGUCGGUAACGAAACUAAAGCUUCAUGCGCAGUAUCGUCAACUUCAGCGAAUCAGAGUGAAAUUCACCGUGGAAAGUCAAAAGAAAAAACUCCUCAACCAGCAAAUAGCGAUCUCACUCUUCCACCGUGUUCCGAGGACGAGGACAUAUUAUUUGGGCUACCGAAAGUGCGGAUAAGCGGGACUUUGUCGAAUCCCGGAAGCCCAGCCUCCUCGGAAACUUCGGACAAUGAUUUAUUUUGGCUGAAAAAUCGGGGGAAAAGUGGGAAUAAAGGGAGCCCCUGGAAGAGAAAAUUUUCCUCGAUAAGCACGAAAUCGAAAAUGAACAAAACUCGCGAUGCAAAUUCGCAAGUUUUGUCAGGAAAAUCUCGGGUAAUAGGGGCAAAUUUAUCGAGCAAUCGUGUCGGGGAGGAGGAUGAUGAUAGUGAUUCGGAUGAGGACAUGGAUUACAACGAAUUAAAAAAUAUAGCCGAUCGAUUGUUGGCUUCGGGGAGUACGAACGACACGAAUGUUCAUCCCACUGAGAGUGAUUCCUCGGAAGACGGAACUGAAAACAAAGUCAUCGAGUUGUCGACACGAGGAUCGAGAAAGCGUCCUCGUGGAUCAACGAGAAAUAGUCGUGCGGAGAAAAAAAUAAUGAAGAAAGAGAGUUCUGAAGAAUCACGAAAAGCCGAAGACGUUGAUCCGAACGACAGACUGACGCCGGUAAUGACUCCUCAACAGUACGCCAAAGUCCACUUAACGAGAUUAAGCGAGAGCGAAUUUAAGGCAAAUAAAGUCGAUCCUCCACAAACUAAAAUAACUACGUCUAAGGUCAUGAAACUCUCGACUUCAAAAGUCGCCAAAGAUUCUACGUCAUCUCCAACGACACCAUCUCGCUCUCGACCCCGAAGAACUAUGGAUCCGAAUGCAUCGAGUACUAAUCAGCGUCACAAAGUUUUGUUCACCUGCGUCAAAGAUGAGGACUACGAAAGAAUGGUCGUAGAAUUAGGUGGAAUCGUCGUAACGGAUCCGUCGAAAGCUACGGUCUUAAUAACGGACAAGGUUCGACGAACAUUCAAAUUUCUAUGCGCCGUUGCGCAGGGAAUUAAGGUCGUUUCCGUGAACUGGUUGAUCGAGAGUAUCGAUGCUGGUCAUUUUCUAGACUGCGAAAAUUUCAUUCUACGAGAUCCGGAGGCGGAAAAGAAGUUUAAAUUCAAGCUUGCAAAAAGCUUACAGGCCGCGAGAACUAACAAGCUUUUGACAGGCUUCACCAUCCUAGUUACACCGAAAGUUAAUCAGCCGGAAAUCCAUGAAAUAAAAGGCAUGGUAGAAGCCGCUGGUGGAAGAGUUCUCGUACGUGCUGGUAAUCGAUCAUGGUCCGAUAAGAUGGUGAUAAUAAGCCAAAAGGACGAUUUGGCCGCAGCAAAAGCAUUUUUAUCGAAAGCCCCCAAAGGAUUGAAGCCCAGUGUUCAAUCAACAGAAUUUCUGCUUACGGGAAUACUCCGACAAGAAGUGAAUCUUGUCGAUCACAAAUUACUUUAA